ACAGGCGAAAUAGUUUAAGCCGGUAGACAAACUAUAUUAAAAUAUAACAGUGCGGGGUACGUGAUAAUGGACGUAAAACCAAAAUUAAUCGACCGAAUUAUAUGGAAAAAAUUGGAAGAUUAUUUCAAUCAUAAUGGAACAAAAAUCAACAUAAAUACAUUAUUUCAAAACGAUCCUGAUAGGUUUAAAAAAUUUAGUUUAACACUUAACACUCCCAAUGAUGGUUCUAUCCUUUUUGAUUAUUCAAAAAAUCGUAUAACAUAUGAAGCCCUUGAUUUACUAUUCCAACUUGCAAGGGAUAUUAAUGUUGAACAAACUAGAAAUGCAAUGUUUUCUGGACAUAAGAUCAAUUUUACAGAAGGCAGAGCUGUACUGCACACUGCUUUACGUAAUAGAGCUAACAGUCCAAUUUUAGUAGAUGGAAAAGAUAUAAUGUCUGAAAUAAAUGGUGUCUUAUUUCAUAUGAAACAAUUUACAGAUCAAAUUCUUUCUAAAGAAUGGAAAGGAUUUACAGGUAAGGCUAUUGAAGAUAUUGUGAAUAUUGGAAUAGGUGGAUCUGAUCUAGGACCACUUAUGGUAACAGAAGCUUUGAAACCAUAUCAUAUUGGACCUAAAGUUUACUUUGUUAGUAAUAUUGAUGGAACUCAUAUAGCCGAAACUUUAAAAAAACUUAAUCCAGAAACAUGUCUUUUUAUUAUUGCAUCAAAAACUUUUACAACACAAGAAACAAUUACAAAUGCUACUUCUGCUAAAAAGUGGCUUCUUCAACAUUUAAAAAAUGAUGCAGCUGUGGCUUCUCAUUUUGUAGCUAUAUCUACUAAUACAGAGAAGGUCAAAGAAUUUGGUAUUAAUGAAAAUAAUAUGUUUGGUUUUUGGGAUUGGGUUGGUGGACGAUAUUCUUUAUGGUCAGCUAUUGGUUUAUCUAUUUCUUUAUCUAUUGGUUUUGAUAAUUUUGAAAGGCUUUUAGAAGGAGCAUUUUUCAUGGAUCAACAUUUUUGUACUGCACCAUUAGAAAAAAAUAUACCAGUGAUUCUUGCUUUGUUAGGUAUUUGGUAUAACAAUUUUUACAAAGCAGAGACACAUGCAUUAUUACCGUAUGAUCAGUAUCUUCAUAGAUUUGCUGCAUAUUUUCAACAAGGUGAUAUGGAAAGUAAUGGAAAAUAUGUUACGAAAUCUGGUGACACUGUGAAUUAUUCAACAGGACCUAUUGUUUGGGGGGAACCUGGAACAAAUGGUCAACAUGCAUUUUAUCAACUGAUUCAUCAGGGUACACGAUUGGUUCCAGCAGAUUUUAUAGCACCUGUACAAUCUCAUAAUAAGGUUCAAGGAGAUUUACAUCAUAAAAUCCUUCUUUCUAAUUUCUUAGCCCAAACUGAAGCUUUAAUGAAGGGAAAGAAUGAAGAUCAAGCAAGGAAUGAGCUUCAAAAAUCUGGAACAUGUACUGAACAAAUAGAUAUAUUAUUGCCACACAAAAUUUUUCAAGGAAAUAGACCAACAAAUAGUAUUCUUGUAAAAAAACUUACUCCAUUCACAUUAGGUGCUUUAAUUGCAAUGUAUGAACAUAAAAUUUUUGUGCAAGGCAUUAUUUGGGGCAUUAACUCCUUCGAUCAGUGGGGUGUGGAAUUAGGAAAACAAUUAGCUAAAACCAUAGAAAAAGAAUUACAUACUGAUAACGAGAUCACUAGUCAUGAUUCAUCAACAAAUGGAUUGAUUGCAUUUAUAAAAUGUAACAGUGCUUGAGUAUUUAGAUGACACUAAUAAUUCUAAGAUUUAUUUUUAAAAAUAUAAAAAAU